AAAACGGUCAGAGGAAAAAUCUCCAGUAGCUGCAACAGGGAAGCCUAAAAGAGAAGCUGAGGUUGGUACUGCUGAAGAUGCUGUUUUGGCAAAGAAGCCAAAAUUGGAAGAUGUUAUAUCAGAAGAUGCUAAUCUGGCAGACCUGAUGCCUCAAGUAAAGGUGCAAGCUGUGGAAACUGUUGAAGGUUGUACGCAUGAGGUUGCACUUCCAGCAGAUGAAGAGUUCACAGGUCUGAAGCCAAGGACUGGAAAAGCUGCAAAGGAAUAUCCAUUUAUUCUGGAUGCCUUUCAGAGAGAAGCAAUUCUUUGUGUAGAUAAUAACCAGUCUGUGUUAGUGUCGGCUCAUACGUCAGCUGGUAAAACUGUUUGUGCAGAGUAUGCAAUUGCCCUGGCUCUGAGGGAGAAGCAGCGUGUGAUAUUUACGAGUCCAAUUAAAGCCUUGAGUAAUCAGAAGUACCGUGAGAUGUAUGAAGAAUUUCAGGAUGUUGGUUUGAUGACUGGAGACGUCACUAUUAAUCCUACAGCUUCUUGUCUGGUAAUGACAACUGAGAUUUUGAGGAGUAUGCUCUACAGAGGUUCCGAGGUUAUGCGAGAAGUUGCGUGGGUUAUUUUUGAUGAAAUCCACUACAUGAGAGAUUCAGAACGUGGUGUUGUUUGGGAAGAGACAAUCAUUUUGCUCCCUGACAAUGUUCAUUACGUGUUCCUUUCUGCAACUAUUCCAAAUGCCCGUCAGUUUGCUGAAUGGAUCUGCCAUCUUCACAAACAGCCUUGCCAUGUGAUUUAUACUGACUAUCGACCCACUCCACUGCAGCAUUAUAUAUUCCCAGCAGGAGGAGAUGGACUCCAUCUGGUUGUUGAUGAAAAUGGAGAUUUCAGAGAAGACAAUUUUAAUACAGCCAUGCAAGUGCUUAGAGAUGCAGGAGACUUAGCAAAAGGGGACCAGAAAGGCAGGAAAGGAGGAAUAAAAGGUCCUUCAAAUGUUUUUAAGAUUGUGAAGAUGAUCAUGGAAAGGAAUUUCCAGCCUGUGAUUAUUUUCAGCUUCAGUAAAAAAGACUGUGAAGCCUAUGCACUUCAGAUGACAAAGUUAGAUUUCAAUACAGAUGAGGAGAAAAAGAUGGUUGAAGAAGUGUUCAAUAAUGCAAUUGAUUGUCUGUCAGAUGAAGACAAAAAGCUUCCUCAGGUUGAGCAUGUUCUUCCUCUUCUGAAGCGAGGAGUUGGUAUCCAUCAUGGCGGUCUGCUGCCUAUCUUAAAAGAAACCAUAGAAAUUCUUUUCUCUGAGGGGCUAAUAAAGGCCUUAUUUGCAACGGAGACUUUUGCUAUGGGAAUUAAUAUGCCAGCCAGGACUGUGCUAUUUACAAGUGCCAGCAAAUUUGAUGGAAAAGAUUUCCGAUGGAUAUCUUCAGGUGAAUACAUUCAAAUGUCAGGUCGUGCAGGACGCCGAGGCAUGGAUGACAGAGGAAUAGUAAUUCUUAUGGUGGAUGAAAAAAUGAGUCCAACAAUUGGCAAGCAGCUUUUGAAGGGUUCAGCUGAUCCUUUGAACAGUGCAUUCCACCUGACAUACAACAUGGUACUGAACUUGCUUCGAGUGGAAGAAAUUAACCCUGAAUACAUGUUAGAGAAAUCCUUCUAUCAAUUUCAACAUUACAGAACUAUUCCAGAUAUAGUAGAAAGAGUGAAUAAUUUAGAAGGACAAUACAACAAAAUAGCAAUUCCCAAUGAAGAAAAUGUGGUCAUAUACUACAAAAUCCGACAGCAGCUUGCAAAACUGGCUAAAGACAUUGAAGAAUAUAUUCACAAACCAAAGUAUUGCUUGCCCUUUCUGCAGCCAGGAAGACUGGUUAAGGUGAAGAAUGAAGGUGAUGACUUUGGGUGGGGAGUGGUUGUUAAUUUCUCUAAGAAAUCGAAUGUUAAGCCAAAUUCUGGUGAACUGGACCCAUUGUAUGUAGUUGAAGUGCUACUGCACUGCAGCAAAGAGAGUUUGAAAAAUUCUGCUACUGAGGCUGCAAAGCCAGCCAGACCUGAUGAGAAAGGAGAGAUGCAGGUUGUUCCUGUUCUGGUUCAUCUUCUCUCAGCUAUCAGCAGUGUCCGACUUUACAUACCAAAAGACCUGAGGCCUAUUGACAACAGGCAGAGUGUGUUAAAAUCGAUACAAGAAGUACAGAAGCGAUUUCCUGAUGGAGUACCAUUACUAGACCCUAUUGAUGACAUGGGCAUCAAAGAUCAAGGACUGAAAAAAGUAAUCCAAAAAGUAGAGGCCUUUGAGCACAGGAUGUAUUCACACCCUCUUCACAAUGAUCCCAACUUGGAAACCAUAUACAAACUUUGUGAAAAAAAAGCACAG